AUGGCGGAACCUAUUGAUGAAGCUCGAAAUAAAAGAUCACAAAUGAUUAGUCAACGCGCCGCCAGCAUUCUGCGAUCAAAUUCUCCCAUCUCAUCGACAGGAUCUUGUCAUGGCACAGUCGUAUCAAAUAAUUCAACGACUGGCCUCUUCUCAGACAUAGAUGAAGACCAUGCCAAUGGGGACGUGUGGAACUCCACUGGCCAAUUCAUAACUAGCUCCAACGAUAAGCAAAUAAAUUCAAACAACAUACGCUCUACAGCAAAGAAAUACAGUCGCUGGGAACCACGUUCUCACAAUGCUGCGCCCCUGAGUACAUCUGCUAUUGCCUCUGCAUUUCCUGAUUUUACAUCUGCUGGGGUCACAUCCACUGAAGAGGACAUGAUUGAUGAAAACAUAUCUCUUGAGUUUGCUCGUGGUACCAAAAAGUUCCAAAAACAUGCUCCAAACUCUGCUAGUAUCCGUCAACUACCAUCGAAUUUCACACUCGACUCUAAUUCAAAUACUCACACGCCUCAUAAUAAUAUACACGGAAACAGGGUGAUGGCAGAAGCUGUACCCAGACCUAUCGUUAAGGAUAGCUUCAAAAAUUCUACCAGGACCACUAGUAAACUUAAGCCAGAGCCUCAGGUCCAAAAUAAUAAUAAUGAGAAAAAACCGACUGUUCAUCAAACAUCCUUCCAGCGACCACUAACGCUAGCUGGCACUCAUCAGACAAACCGUACUUAUGUCGAUGAGCGACGUUCCACUAGAACAUUGCAGCCCCAUGUUACCGACGAUUUAGACAACACUACUUGCUCCAGGGACCAGAUUAUAACGAAGCUGAGCUCAGAUGAUUUAGAUCAAGGUGUGCAUGCAUCUAAACUCAACAACAAAAUUUCAUAUCAGACAAAAAGUACUCGGUUCUUAGAUUCCCGCCAACAAACUUCCAGAAAUGACAAAUUCACACCCAAAAAAGAGUCAAACACCUCUAAAUGCCACAAUCGCAAUCUACAUCAUAUCAGACCUAAUUCCCCGUCAAAUUCCGAAAUUAAUGCUACAAUUAAGUCAUCGACCUCUUUUGCCGUUGAUACCCAACAACUCGAUCAAAACCCAGCAACAACGAACCCAACUCAGACAGGUACUUCAUUCCUGUUACCUAGCUACGGUCAUACUCAGCAGACCUCAACGGCCAACAAAGGUCUACCGAUUUUCAUGGCCCAGGGUAGAGUCCAUAAUACAAGGCUCCCCCACGACUUUAUCGACGGUAUCAAUGUACCUAUAGAUGAAAACCAUAUCUACGAUAUGAUUGACAUCAUAAAUAGCCAAAAUAAUAAGAUUUACAGUAGGACUGGGGAGACACUGCAGAAAACCGAUGAGAGAAACGAUGAAAGGGCCGUCAUAGAUGUCGGAAAACAAUCCGACAGCGGUAUAGGUGAAAGCGGAAGUGAUAUGUCCGCACAUAGUUCUCGUAAAGUCAAGAUUCAACUUAUGCGUGAGCUUACCUCUACACUCCUAGGACAAUAA